UUCAAAAUAACGUUAAAACAUCAAACGAUGGAUGAAAAAUGUGCUUUAGGAGCUGAACUAAUUUAAUUGAUACCUCUGGAAGCAAACUGAACGGUUUUAAAUAAGAUUUCUACCAACAAAAAUUUCUCUGUCAAAAUUUUAUGGUUAUGUUUUUCUCGAUGAACCAUAAAGUGGUUAUUUUUAUCACAGUAUAUACAUUCUUCUUAUCAUUACUAUUCAUCAUUGAGCUACAGGACUCUCGCAACCUGGAAUUAAUUUUUAUUCUACUCAAACCUUAUAGCUAUUCUAGAUAAAAUAAGAAGCAUUCUGCGUGACCCGAUUUUCCUUCGGACUUGGAAAUAGCCCAAUAAAUCAGCGUAAAUCAAUCAUGACUUUGUUUUGGAGUCAUCUUCCUCAAAAUAAGCUUUCCACUUUAACUGAUAGCUCCAUUAUUACAACACAUUAUUGCAAUAUACUGGAAACUGAUUGAUUUGCAAUGUCAGAAAUGUGGUGAAAUUGUAGCUUAGAGAUGAGGUGGUUUAUAUACUUUUCUUUAACCUCUUGAGAUUGGUUAAUACAUUUAGAGACAGCCAUUUGAGCGAUGCUGAAUGUUCGACAAUCGCUGUAAUAAAAAGGAAACUUUACAAGAAGGACGAGUUGGUAUGGACGCAGAUGGAAGCUGCGAUGGCUUCCUUCUUCAAACCAUCACUUCCUGGUCUAAACGGUCAAAUUCAUAAUCUCAUCUAUAAAAUAUUGAUUGGGUUGUAUUUGGUACCCCGUAAGAAGCCAAUCAAGUUUCCAUUGAGAAAAAAAAACAGUUACAAACAAUGAAGUAUAAAUCCACUCCUUUCACCAACGAGAUGAGAUAAGGGACUUCCCUAACUCAAUUAGAAGUUUACUAAGCUAAGACUAGAUGAUAUUCACGUAGGAAUAUGAAGCUCGAACUGGAAACGAUUCAUUCGAUAGCCAAACCGAUAUGCAUAUACAAUGUUUUAGGACAAAACUACACAGAAUAAAUACUACAUUUUAAAAAUCUCCAAUUAUUCCCAAAUAUCGUAAAAUUUUUAUCGCAUUUCCUGUGCUAUAAGGAUUCCAAUUCUAAUGUGAAUUCGAAUUCGCUUUCGCGUUGAAUUCCACAUCUGUACUAUAUUUUACAGCACAACAGCUAAAAGUUUUACAUGAUUAAAUCGUUGUUUAUACUAUAUCUCUACAUAAUCACAUCUAAUUAACAUUCCAUUACGUAGUACAGUAAUAAAGUUAUCAAUGCCGAUACAAAGGUUAACGAUACGACAAUAUUAAUAAGUUUAAGAAUCGUCAACGUUAGCCCAUUUCUUGUUCUCCCGAAGAAUCGACAACAUGAUUACCAUCUUGCUAUGUUUAGGAGUCGUGAUUUUUAUUAUAUAUUCUUAUCGAAAUUAUAUGAAACAAUUUGUAGAUAUCGAUAAAUUACCUGGGCCAUCUACGUUAAAACUUAUAAAAGAUUUGUAUUUCAACAGUUCCUCAAAAGGGAUUAUUGAUUAUUUUCAAUCGCUAAAUUCGAUUUAUGGGCCUGUGGUAAAAGUAUGGAUGAAGCCCUUUAAACCGAUGAUUAUUACAAAUGACAUGGAAUAUUGUAACAAAAUUUUUAAAGCUAACGAUCAUCAUAUAUCACCAGUUCUUCAUGAAAUGACUUUUAUGGGUGAUGGCAUUGCGAGCACUGUUGAUUAUCAUACAUGGAAAAAUGAUAAAGCCGUGAUGGUCAAAGCCAUUACAAAAUCUUACAUUAACAGCAAAUUAGAUAUUUAUAAUCAAAAAUACGACGACCUCAUUAACGCGAUUAGAUCAAACCUUGGAAAACCGGUUGAUGUAGAAAAAUAUUUGCAUACAAUUCUUUUAGAAGUGAUAUUAGAAACGAUCCAGCAUAAAGGUAUUAAUAUAACUCAACGUGAAAAAAAAGAUUAUAUCACGAGUCGAAACGAUUUCUUCGUACUUUUAUUGCAAAAAAUGAAUUCGUUUAGUUGUAUGGGAGUUUUACAUUGGUUCACGAAUAAUUACAGAAAAAUUUGGAAGCGACACUCAGAAGUUGUUGCAUUUGGAACUGAUUGGUUGGAGAAAUUUAAUAAAUUAGAUGUAAAGGAACGAGAUCCAACCAAUUUGGUUUAUGCUAUGAUGGAAGGGGGGAUCCCCGAUAAUAGAAUAGUGGAUAAUAUAAAUACUAUAAUACAAGGAGGUCAUGAUACUAGUAUUGUUCCUUUAAGUAUGGCUUUACGAGAAUUGGCACAUAACCCAGAAAUUCAAAAUAAAAUUUAUGAAGAGAUUAAAAAUGUAAUGGGGACUGAUAUAAAUGCAGAAAUUGAUAUUGAGCAUUUAAACAACAUGCCCUAUUUGCAUGCAACCGCUAAAGAAUCACUCAGAAGAUUCAUGUCGAUGCCGUUUUUAGAUCGAUUAAUCUUGCGUGAUAUGCUUAUAGAUGGUACAAAAAUUCCUAAGGGAAUACGAGUAAUGUUUCAUUUAGUGGGGAUCAUGACGUCGGAGAAAAAUUACGACGAUCCUCUUACUUUUAAACCCGAAAGAUUCCUGAAAGAGAACGUUACAGCGAAAUCUCAAAAAUCAUUUUUUGGAUUUGGUUACGGGCCGAAAUUGUGCCCAGGAAAACCGAUUGCUUACGCCGCGAUGAAAUUAAUUCUUGUCAAAAUUAUUCGUGAAUUCGAAGUGUUACCCGCCGAACACGACGUACAAUUAGUGUCGGAAUUAUUUUUUAGGAGUUUAACUGGAAUCCCAUCGAUUUUUCGUAAAAGAAAUAUCGAACAAACUUAAUUUUUUAUAUUAAAAAAUGUUUAUUAUUAUUUACUUUAACAUUUCAUAUUGCAAAAUACAAAGAAUAUUUUUAAAA